GUAAUCCAUGUCUUCUUGUUUUUCUCAUUCAUUUUGAAAAAACACAGAUUAGCACCAUGGGCACUUGCAUGAGCAGAUGUGCAUCUUCUUCUCAAGAAGAAUGUGACAUUGUUCAAGACAAGCUUGUCAUUUCCCAAUCGCCUUCCCUUCCUACUCUUCCUCUCUCCAAAGACAUCUCUAACAAACAUACUGCUCCCUGUUCUCCUUCUCCUUCUUCUUCUUCUUCCUUCUUUACUACAUCCACUCCCACUACCACCACCACCACCACCACAACUAGUAGUAUAACUACUACUACAUCAUCUUCAUCUUGUUCAAUAUCGAAUGAGUUUUCGCGGGGCCGUGUGAGGGAUAGUGCAUGUUCAAGUGGAAUCGGUCUAACCAAAGAGAAAGAGAAGACUUCAAAGCCUAGAAAGCCCCUUAAAUUUCCAACCCCACCGGCAAAAGAAGAACCAUCUAAAGUGAUUGUAGCUACCCCAAAGCAGUCAAUUCCUAGACGGUGUGCCCAUUCCCAAACCCCCAAGAAAUCUCGUUCAAGUUCACCUUCUCUGCCUCGACAGAGGAGCAGUAGAAAUGAAAAUGAGCGGCGCUCCCCUGCCUCUCUCCCCAGGCGGAAUUUGGGUUCUCAGUCUCCUUGCCGUCGAUUGAAGGAAGAUACUUUAAGAAAUCAGAAUCCACGAGAGGGGAAUUGCAAGCGUGGCAUUGCUAGUAGAGGUCUUUCACCUUCUCCAUCUUCUGGUCGAAGAUUGAACAGUGGCAAUACAUGCGGGGAUCUUUCAAGGGGUCCACUAAAGGAGACUUCCAAGCGCAACGCUUUAUGUAGAGGUCAUUCUCCAUCUCCCAGCCAAAGAUUCAAUGCAGACACUCGCCGUGAUCUUUUGAGAAAUCCAUCGGAGAAGAAUCGCAGGCACAGGGAGGGAUCCACGAGCUAUGCUACUAUUCGGGCGGCAACCACAAGGAAAGAAAACGCAAGGUCCAAGAGUCCUUCAAGCUCAAGGAGUCGUGUUUAUUGCUUGAAGAAGGAAGAGAGUUACAAGCAGCACAGAAAUACUGAAUGUGAUGAAUGUAAACAAGGAGAGGUAGUCUCUAAGCUAGAAGACUCCAACUCUAUUGUUCCCAUGGAAGAAGACAGAGAUAAUCCUUUCAUCUCCUUAGAUUGCUUUAUCUUUCUUUGAAAUGUGGAGAGUUUGAAUUAUCUAAUGAUUUGUUCAUUAGUUUUUGUUUUGUAUUAUAAAAGGUGUUGGAAGUUUGUGUGUAUAUGUAUUGAGUGGUUUUGCAGA